CUCUCCCGUAAUUCAGCGCAGAAGAAGAAAAACAGCAAACAAACAUGGCGGCGCCCGCGGACCACGCCGCGUCCGCCUCUGAGGAGACAUAUCCUCCAGAUCCAGAACCAAGCUCCGAACUGGACCCGUCCCAAGAAGAUCCUGCAGACUCAGAUUCGGACGAACCGGCCGGACCGAAGAUCCGGGAAACCCCGGAGGACAUCCGGCUGGAGGCCAUCGCCAACACGGUGGCGCUGCACCCCAGCAGGGACGUGCUGGUGUGCGGGGACGUGGACGGGGACGUGUACGCGUACUCCUACUCGUGCACGGAGGGGGAGACUCGGGAGCUGUGGUCCUCCGGACACCACCUGAAGUCCUGCCGCCAGGUGCGCUUCUCGGCGGACGGGCAGAAGCUGUUCACCGUGUCCCGGGACAAGGCGGUCCACCAGCUGGACGUGGAGCGGGGCCAGCUGGUGUCGCGGAUCCGCGGCGCGCACGCCGCCGCCAUCAACAGCCUGCUGCUGGUGGACGAGAACAUCCUGGCGACGGGAGACGACGGAGGAACCCUGAAGGUGUGGGACAUGAGGAAGGGAGAGGCCUUCAUGGACCUGAAGCACCACGAGGAUUACAUCAGUGACAUCGCCGUGGACCCGGCCAAGAGGAUCCUGCUCACGACCAGCGGCGAUGGGACCAUGGGCGUCUUCAACAUCAAGCGACGGCGGUUCGAGCUCCUCUCCGAGUUCCAGAACGGUGACCUGACCUCGGUGGCGCUGAUGAAGCGGGGCAAGAAGGUGGCGUGCGGCUCUAGCGAGGGAACCGUUUACAUUUUCAACUGGAAUGGCUUUGGAGCCACCAGCGACCGCUUCGCCGUCAAGGCGGAGUCGGUGGACUGCAUCGUCCCCAUCACAGACAGCAUCAUGUGCACCGCCUCCAUGGACGGGUACAUCCGAGCCAUCAACCUCCUCCCCAACCGCGUCAUCGGCUGCAUCGGCCAGCACGUUGGCGAGCCCAUUGAGGAGAUCAACAAGUCGUGGGAUUCUCGCUUCCUGGUCAGCUGCGCUCACGACCAGCUCAUCAAGUUCUGGGAGAUUUCCAAUCUGCCCCAAACGACGGUCAGCGACUACCGCAAGAGAAAGAAGAAAGACGGACGCAUGAAGUCUCUGACCAAGAAGGCUCUUGGAGACAACGACUUCUUCUCAGGACUGGUAGCAGAAACAGAGAAGAAGAAGGAGGAGGAGGAGGAGGAAGAAGAGGAGGAUGACAGUGACAGUGGUAGUGACUGAGACAUUGUUGUUGGGCACUCAGGUUAAGAAAUGACCUAAAGUCAGUCUGGAAUCUGGAAUCCAGAGUGAUCUGGAUGGAGUCAGAUAUCGUCCAGACAAACUAACCCCGGUGGCCUCAAGCAUCACUCUGACUUCAGGCGAGGGGAAAUGGACGACUGGAUUCUGGAUGUUCUUCUAAACCUUUUUAGAAGUCCUUUCAGUCGUUUUUGUUUCUGGAAAGAGUUGUGUUGAGAAGAGGUCAACAUUUCUGCUUCCUGACCUCCGUUCCAUAAUUAAAGUUCACCUUUCAGGGUCACCAGAGCAAACCAGCUUUCACGGAUUCACACAUUUGGUAUAAAAGUACAAAAUAAUAAAUACUUUGAUGUUACGUAUUUAUGAGACACUGGGUUUUGUUUUCUACAAAAUGAUAUUUCAAAAGAUCAAAUUUACAUUAAAACGUGUUAAUUAAAGGACCUAUAUCAUGUUAUUCUGAGCCUUUCAGAGUAAUCUAUUUUACAUAUUACCUUUGGCACACAAAAGAACAAAUUAUUUAUAAAAUAAGAGUUAUUUUCGCAAACUUUUUUUCCACCUGAAAGUGAGACGCUUCAAUUUCUGAGGCUCCACCUUUUGCUCCUUGUGGGUGGAGCCUAUUUCAUGAUAUCCUCGAGCCGGCCAACAGCUUGUUUACUUUUCACCCAUGAAAAUAAACAACACUCGAACUUU